AUGGGCAACAACGAAGGCUCGCCAUCAGCAACGCCUUCUGGCAAUAAACCUGCUGUAGGUACUGACGAAUGGCACAAGGUGCGUCGCGACAAUCACAAAGAAGUCGAACGUCGUCGCCGUGAAACGAUCAACGAGGGUAUCAAUGAGCUUGCCAAGAUCGUACCUGGCUGCGAGAAGAACAAGGGCAGCAUUCUUCAGCGUGCAGUUCAGUUCAUCACCCAGCUCAAGGAGAACGAAUCUCAGAAUAUCGAGAAGUGGACACUGGAGAAGCUUUUGACCGAGCAAGCCAUUGCUGAACUCAGCGCAUCCUGCGAUAGACUGAAGGCCGAGUUAAGUCAAGUCUACAAGGACCUAGACGCAUGGAAAAGAUGUGCUCAACGUUCUGGACUUGAACCUUCGGAUGAAGACCGCGCCAACGCUGCUGGCAACCGAGACGACGAGGCUUAG